AUGCUAAUAACAAUAUGUUUUAUCCUGAUUUGUAAGGCUAAUGUAAACCCUGCUCAUUAACAAACUGUAAUAUCUGCAGCAGCUCUACGCAAUGCUAAUAAUGUUUUUAAGGAUACACUUUAAUGUAAUUUAGUUUACAAAACUCUUAGUAUUUGUAAUGUUAUACUUGCUAAACUAACUGCAGUAGAUGCUAGAUGGUAGGGAGUCUAAAAAUUUGUUACUAAUGCAUGGAUGGAUCAUAGCCAGUUAACGGGUCAUGCUUGA